AUGUGCUUAUACGCUAAUUUCAAGAAAUUCAGCGCGAUAUCGUACUUUUCUAUGUAUGCUUCAGAUAACCAAGGUCCGUUGCUUUACGGCAUUCUGAGUUCACUAUGGGCAGUUGGCCUCGUCAUAGGCGGGCCUAUCGGCAGCGCUCUGGCUGAAAAGGUGACUUGGCGCUGGGCUUUCUAUAUCAACUUGCCUUUCCUUGGCUUUGCCUUCGUUUGUGGAGUAAUCUUUUUGCCACACAGACGAAGCCACUUCGAUCUUCCUUUGCGUCAUCGCAUUGCCAAAUUCGCCGGUUUGAAUGUCAUUCUUCAAACAAGCACCACGGUAGCGACAAUUGUUCUCUUUGCUAUUGCGGCUACUUUUUCUGGGCCCGUCUGGAGCUGGAGUUCAGUGCCUUGUUAUACAACAUGGGCUGUUUUCGCUGCGGCCUUUGUCCUCUGCGGGGCUCUACAUUGUACUCGUUUUACCGCCGCCAUCAAGGACCGUCUCAACACAACUUUCAAAAGCGUGCCCGACCGUCGGGUGAUUCCCAUUGAACUUAUGGCCAGGCGGAACAUCCUACCUCUUUGGAUCGUGUCAGGGUGUGCAGGUGCGACUUAUGCUAUCACACUCUAUUACCUGCCACUGUUUUACGCUUUUUCAAAAGGUCACGGAGCGUUGCAACAAACCGUUCGUAUGCUGCCUUUUAUUCUCACCUUCAUUGUCACAGUGUUAAUCGUUGGCGCUUUUCUAUCCAAGAUCAAACAGUAUGGCGUGAUCUAUGUUGUUGGCGGUGCUACGACACUGGCGUCGGGAACUGCCCUCGCCAUAGCCCUGGACCCUGACAUCUCAGACAAUAAGGUUAUGGGCCUCACCGCCCUAAUCGGUGUAGGACUUGGCUUUCAAUUUCAGCAUGGCAACGCGAUCUCUAACACGAUCAACAAAACUCUGCGAGAUCGAGUCGGCAGUGCCGCCCUUUUGAACAUGAGCUUAAUGGGCGGUAUUUCCACUGCAUUGAUUAUGGCAGGCGCUAUCUACGAAAACCGCGGCAUGGCUCUUUUCCCUUCUAAUCUCGAAGCGUUUCAUUACGAUGAUGAGACCAUUCGCGAGGUUCUCGCUGGCGUUUCGCCAACCGUCUGGGAGGGCGCUGAGACGAACAUAACUGCAUAUGGGGCGGCCGCAACAACUCAAGCCAUCUCUUCUCUUCUCUAUAUAAUCUCCUCGAGUGGUGCAAUCUGCCUUUUCUGUGGUGCGCUAAUUCUCUGGGACAUGAAAGUGAAAAGAGGAUAUCAUGGAAAUACUGUUGCUGCAGUAUGA